AUGUCGCCGGUGAUCGGAGAAAACGCACCUCUCUUGUCAGGAUCCAAGCCUUCUUCAAAACCAGCAACGGUUUCCGGUGCGGUGUUCAAUGUCGCAACGAGCGUAAUUGGCGCCGGAAUUAUGUCUCUUCCGGCGACUCUGAAGGUUCUCGGUGUGAUUCCGGCUUUCUUUUUGAUUCUGGUAAUAGCUUUACUGGCUGAAAUUUCGGUUGAAUUUUUAAUGAGGUUUACGCGUUCGGGUGAAACGACGACGUAUUCUGGUGUCAUGAGAGAAGCUUUUGGUCCCUUAGGAGCUGCAGCCACUCAAGUUUGCGUUGUGAUUACUAAUAUGGGGUGUUUAAUCAUGUACCUAAUUAUUAUGGCGGAUGUAUUUUCGGGAAAUAAACCUGAAGGAGUAGUACAUUUGGGUGUUUUGCAACAAUGGUUUGGGAUUCAUUGGUGGAAUUCAAGAGAAUUUGCCUUAAUCUUUACCAUAAUCUUCAUUUUGUUUCCGUUGGUAUUGUACCGUCACGUAGAAUCAUUGAAGUUCAGUUCUGCAGCAUCAACCCUUCUGGCUGUGGCAUUUGUUACAAUAUGUUCUGUGUUGGCAAUCAUUGCUCUUGCGGAAGGAAAAACACAGACACCUAGACUUGUCCCUCGUUUGGACAAACAAACAUCUUUCUUUGAUCUUUUCACUGCAGUUCCGGUCAUUGUAACAGCCUACACAUUUCAUUUUAAUGUACAUCCAAUUGGAUUUGAGCUUGGAAAACCAUCAGAAAUGGCAAAAGCUGUUAGAAUAGCACUAAUCCUAUGCGCACUUGUAUACUUCUCAAUAGGUCUAUUUGGUUACCUUUUAUUUGGUGAUUCGACUCAAUCAGACAUUUUAGUCAAUUUCGACCGCAAUGCUGAUUCAUCUUUUGGUCGUUUACUCAAUACUUUGGUCCGUUUAAGCUAUGCUUUACAUAUCAUGUUGACAUAUCCUGUCCUGAACUUUUCAUUGAGAACCACAGUUGAUGAAUUUCUCUUCCCUAAAAGACCUUUGUUAGUCACAGAUAACAAGAGGUUUAUGAUCUUGACACUGGCUCUGUUGGUUCUUAGUUACAUUGCUGCCGUAGCAAUUCCGGAUAUUUGGUACAUAUUUCAGUUUAUGGGAUCAACCUCUGCUGUUUGUCUUUCCUUUGUUUUCCCUGGUUCUAUUGUUUUAAGGGAUAUUCAUGGUAUAUCAACGAGAAAGGACAAGAUUAUAGCACUUGUUAUGGUUAUACUAGCUGUAGUAACAAGUGUGAUUGCUAUGUCAAACAACAUAUAUAAGCUCUUUUAG